GCGUGGUGGCGGUGGAUAUCUAACAAGAACUCUGUCAUAAGAGGAGAGGAUCAAGAUUGUGUUUUCCAUAAUCCUUAAUAAAUAACUGGUUCAGCAUAAUUCGUGAUUGUCGAAUUCUAGAUGAAAUCACAAAAAAACGUUAAACGUUAGCAAACGCCCAGUUAAGUGCCACAUCACCAAGAAGAUAGAAUAACAUUAAAAUAACUGAUUCCACCGCUGAUAUUUGCAAAAUUGCCACUAUAUUAACAUGGCUUGUUAUGCCAUAUUAACCGGGGCUAGCUCAAUUAUAAAGAAUCCCCAAUUUCUCUCCUUAACCUUGCUCAGAAUUAUCCGAUCUAGGAUUCAUACUUCUUGUUCCUUCUUUUAUCGGAUCAGGUACUCUCUCUCCCCAGAUAUUUUUUUUUUCCUUCUUUAGCGUCAACUCUUUUAUUUUUUGUUUUGGUUUUUCUCUUCGAUUCCUUUGAUUUCUUCCUGUUGAUUUUGAUUCUGUUUCAAGGUGAUUUGUUGAUUCUUUUUUGGUUUUUUAAUUUGAGAUUUGAUUGAUUUUUCUAGGUUUCGGUUGAUUGUUUAUCGUUGUUUUAUUUGGUAUGUUGUGAUUUUUUUAAUUGUAGAAUUGUUCGCGUGCUAUUGACUUUUGAGUUAGAAAGAUUAGGGUUUUGAAUCAUUGAUAUCAUUUCUUAUGUUUACCUUGUAUGAUAGAUUGUGUGCUGGUAGAUCCUGUUUUGUAUGUUGUAGAUUGAAUGAAAUUUGUGUCGUUUUUUAUUUAAUUAAAUUUUUCCUAAAAUUCAUAUUCAUGGUUUUGGGGAUUAGUAUUAGCUUUUUUGAUGGCUUAGAAGCUAUUUGGUAAUUAGAUUUGACCCCAUUUGUUAAUUAAUAUUCAGUUGUGGUGAAUUGAUUAGAAAGUAUGUUCUUUUCACAAAUUUGUUGAUUGAAUUCUCUGCGUUUGGAUUGUUUUUAUACCUAUAUGAUUGUGAUUACGAUUGUUUAGCUGUUCUCAAUUAUUUGCGGUUGUUAUUACAAAUUUAGGGAACGAAGAUUAAAGAGGACUAACUCUAGAUAUGCUCAUGGUUAAGUGGUUAACCUAUGUUAUUUGUUACAAAAGUAUUUGUGUUUGAAUUAUUUUGAUUAUAAUGCAUUACAACUACUACUUUGCCUUAUGGCACUUCAAUAUUGUACUCCGUAUAAUUUUAGGCCUUGUUUGAUAAUUGAUUAAUUUAUUUGAUUGCUUAGUUUGACUAGCGAUUUGUAUGGCUGGUUGACAUUUAUUUAGAUAUAAUUAUCAACUUUAGUGAAAAACUAAAAGCUACUCCAACCAUCUUAUCAUUUCGGCUUAAAACUCAGGUUUUAGCUAAAGUCAAAAGCCAUUGAAAAACUAGAAUGUUGUUAUUCCACGUCAAACUAAGAUUAGUUCGGGUCACUUUGGCUAUCAAGUCAAUAUCAACGGAUUUCGGAUCAAGGUUUUUAUGAGUCUUGGUUUGGGUAAAUUGGUUUGGGUAAUCGGUUUGGAUCAACUUUGCCAAGCCUAGAUCUAUGCAACAUAGGACAAUUGUUCCCAACGUCGUUUUGCUUGAUGCCUGGACCUCAACCGUCUGAAAUAUACCUCUCAAGCAAAUAAGCUCGACACUUUGAAGAAAUAGAGAAGACAACGGCUUUGACUCUCAAAUUUGCAAUUCUAUCACUCAGUUUUCCCAGUUCUUAAUCUAAUUCCAGUUUGUAGAAUUGAAAGAUGGAUGAUAUUUUGGUUGCUGUGCUUUCGAUGCUGCUUGUGUUUAGUUUAGUUCCGUUGUUUUUAUGGAAACGUCGUCGGGAUUCUAAAGCUGCCGAUAGGCUUGAUGAAGAGCCUCUGGUUCCUCAAAGGGAAAAUGUGGUUCGGGCUACUGGGGCUCGUCGUAUGCGUCGUAGGCCAGCAACCAGGGCUAGUACAUCUACAGCUGCAGCAGCUGUUGAAGAAUUAGGCGACGAGAGUGAUGACGAAGAUGCUGAGGUUGAGAAUGAAGCUAGGGGACGAAGGAAAAAAGAUAAGAAACGACAAGAACGUGAAGCACAAAGACAGGCUGAACAAGCUUCACGUGACUCGAGGCUAGUCAAGCAAGAUCGUUAUGCAGAAUCGCGAAGAAGAAAAGAUGAGGAACGUGAAGCAGAAGAGCGACGAAUGGAAGAGGAAGCUAAGGCUCGGCAAGCUAAGGAAGAAGCUGCCGCUGCAUUAGAGUUUGAAAAGUGGAAAGGGGCAUUCUCAAUUGAUGCUGAAGGCACCACAGAAAAUGAGGCGCAAGAGAACCAGAAUUUACUUUCUGACUUUGUGGAAUACAUUAAGAAGCAAAAGUGUGUACCCCUGGAAGACCUGGCUGCAGAAUUUAGGUUGAGGACUCAGGAGUGUAUUAAUCGUAUCACAGCUCUAGAAAAUAUGGGAAAACUUUCAGGAGUCAUGGACGAUAGAGGAAAGUACAUAUAUAUCUCACUUGAAGAAAUGAAAGCUGUUGCUGAUUAUAUAAAGCGUGAAGGCAGGGUUAGCAUCUCACAUUUGGCUAGCAAAUCCAACCAGUUCAUUGACUUGGAGCCCAAAGUCCAGUAUGAGGAAAUCACCAGUGUAGAUGAGAUUUUAGCUGUUUGAUUACACACUUAGUUUAUGGAAUCAUAUUGCCCGACUGACAUGAUUGCAGAAGAGCAGCAGGAAAUAUGAAAGAAAGUACGUUACCAACUUGCUUCAUGUCUGUGUUUAGUUUUGCUUGUCUGUAGCGCUAUGUGAUUCACAUAACACAGGUAUGAAACUGGGCUACAAAUACACUGGGAAAAAGAAGAGAGAAGGGGAGUGAUAGGGUUUGAAUAGAAAAGAAAAGGACUUUAGUUAGAACCAACCUUUAUAUUGUAACAUCAACUUAAAUAUGUGAAUUACUGAAUUACUUUUAUAUGGAAAAGCUUCUGCUUUUGUGCAUCUUA